CAGAGGAGGGAGGAAUCUGCUGCCCGAAUCCCUGUCUCCUCAGCACCCUUCCACGAUUCUUCCCGGCGUCUCCGGCUAGGAGCCCAUCCCAGUGGGAGCAGCCCGGCUCUGCCCAGCCGCCCUCCGUCCUCCCUCCCUCCUUCUCUCUCAUCCCUCCCUUUUCCUUAAAAACGUGGGAUCCGGGGUGCAGCCCCUUGCUCUGGCAGCAUCCCUGCCCGCGAGAGCAGCCCCUUCCCCUCCUCCACCUGCGGAGCCCCCGGCUUUGUCCCGUGUCCCCCCUCAUCCCCCGGCCCGGGGGUGCUGGAUGCGGCCGCGGGGAGCGGAGCCUGGUCCGGAGCUGCGCUAGAGGGGACCCGCCGCAGGUCCUUGGCGCAGGCUGGUGCUUCAGGAUGGACCCGCUCUUCCCCGCCCAUAUUUUUGAAGACCCUGACCUGAGAAAGCUGCUGAAUGACUCCUCCAUGCUCAACCUGAGCUUUCUCCCCAGCAACUGGUUUAACAACAGCACGGGGGACAGCUUCCUGCCUCUCAGCAUCAAGAUCACCAUCGUGGUUGUCUAUUCCAUCGUGUGCAUUGUGGGGCUGGUGGGCAACUGCUCCGUCAUGUAUGUGAUCGUCAGGUUCACCAAGAUGAAGACAGCGACCAACAUUUACAUCUUUAACCUCGCUCUGGCUGACACCCUGUGCCUGAUGACCUUACCCUUCCAGGGUACAGACACGUUCCUGGGCUUCUGGCCCUUCGGCAACGUCCUCUGCAAGAUCGCCAUCUCCAUAGACUACUACAACAUGUUCACCAGCACCUUCACGCUGACGAUGAUGAGCGUGGACCGCUACAUCGCCAUCUGCCACCCCAUCAAAGCCCUGGACAUCCGCACUCCCCACAAGGCCAAGGUGGUGAAUGUCUGCAUCUGGGCACUGGCUUCUGUCUUCGGUAUCCCGGCGAUGGUGAUGGGAUCCGCCGAGAACGAGAACAACGAAAUUGACUGUCUAAUUAAACUCCCUUCGCCAGUGGACUACUGGGAUCCGGUGUUCGGCAUCUGCGUCUUUCUCUUCUCCUUUAUGAUCCCCGUGCUGAUCAUCACCAUUUGCUACAGUCUCAUGAUCAGGCGGCUCAAGAACGUCCGUGUCCUCUCGGGCUCCAAGGAGAAGGACCGAAACCUGAGGCGCAUCACCCGGAUGGUCCUGGUGGUGGUGGCAGUCUUCAUUGUUUGCUGGACUCCCAUCCAGAUUUUUGUGCUGGUCCAGUGCUUGGGUGCCAAGGCGGAAAGCGAGCUCGAGCUGGCCAUCUCCUGCUUCUGCACCGCGCUGGGGUACGCCAACAGCAGCCUGAACCCCGUGCUCUACGCCUUCUUGGAUGAGAACUUCAAGGCGUGCUUCAAGAAGUUCUGCUUCCCCACCGCCUUCAGGACCGAGCUCCAGAUGUCCAACAGGAUGUGCAGCAUCGCCAAGGAUGUGGCCUAUGCCUGCAAGAACUCGGAGGGGACUAACAAUCCGGCCUGACUAGGCAUGGAAAUUCCCAUGGUGGCUGUCGCCCAGCAGAGUCCAACCACCCCCACGUCAGAACUAACUCAGAUAACAGCUCUUUAGCAGGACCUCAAAGCUGAGAGGCGAGAAACAAUUUUGGGGGUUGGGAAAACUGGCUACUGCAGGAGCAUGCAGAAGAAGUGAGCCCAUUCGAUGCAUUUUUAAUUCUAGUGCAUCCUGCACUAAGGAACAUGUGCAAAAUCAGCCCCUUGAUUCCUGCAAAACCCUGGGGGUUUGCAACAUUACUGCGAGUUCAGGAAUUAAGGAUUUAAAACAGGCAUCGCUCCUGGGGCUUACACUUUUGCUGCUGGGAGACAGACAGAAUGUGAACUCUUCCCCUGCUUUUUGCCUCCCCGAGUUGAGAUGUUAACAGCUCGUGUGGCUCAGCGGGCACUCGCGUGCGGGUUUUAUUCCUGUGCCGUCGCUCUGAAAUUAGACUUUGCUGCAGCCAAAGUGGGCAGGAGCCAUCAGACAAAACCCGAGAUCAUCUCCAGGAUGAGUCAUCGUGCAGGGAAGGAUGCGGGGAGGGAGAGGAGGGAGCUGGCGGAAAGGGAAAUUCAAACUGCCUUGGAGGACAACGCCAGCUCCUGCAGAUGGGGUCUGCAGUAAAACCCUCCUCUUGGAGAGGAGCAGGGGGACGAGGAGGACUGUAAAAACUGAUGAUCGUAGCUCCAAGAGGAGGAAAUGAUCACAAUUCCUCGUUUACAUGCUGCUACUGAUGGUUUUUUAAAAGAAAAACUCUGUGUUUCCAGUGUGACAGUGGACAGAAUGUGUCUGUAAAUACAUAUCUGUAGUGCUCUAGGUACAGAUAAAAGGCAGGAUUUCACCUUGCCAAGCAUGCCUUGGGGAUCUUCCUCAGUGAGAGGGGGAAGGAAUGAAGUGGCCUAUAUAUAAAUGUGUUUAUGUAUAGGGGAAAGCCAUUUUGGAGAAGUCAGAAUGGCAGCUCCUCCAGAAGACACGGACAUUCCUGGUAGGAGGGGGCAGCCUAAAACAGUCCCAUCUGCUCUGCGUGGGAUAAGCGGGGCACAAACCAUACAAAAGGUGGGGGCUUGGAGUUUGUUUGUUUGUUGUUUGUUUUGUUGGUUUUUUUUUUAUUUUAACUGAGAUAAGAUCCACCAUGCUGA